UUUUCUCCCCCCCCCCCUCCCCCCCAUCUUACAUGUCGGAUCUACUAAAGUGGUCAUUUGCUGGAGCUUUUUUGUGAGGAAUGACAAGGUUUUCUCUGGAUUCCUCCGGGUGGAAACUACGCAGUUGUUUUGGGGGGAUUUUCGCGGCCGACUUGUGAGAUGUGGCGGUGCGCUUUCGCAGCAUUUCCAGGUGGCGACGGAGCGACCAAGCCAGGCUAGUUUGGCUAAGCUAAGCUAAGCUAAGCUAACUACGUCCAAGAAACGAAGUUUAACUUUGGCUUUUUUUUUUUUCCGCUCCAGCAAUAUAUUGACUGUUCUCCCGAGGGCCUACAUUUAAAAACCCCGUGGCGAGGCACCGGCAGAAUCUACCUGGCUCUAUUUACCCGGCUAACGUUAGCUCGCUAGCUAAUGUUAGCUAACAGCUAGCGGCCACAUCCACACUAUUCGGGACUUUUUUGACGUCGUGCCCGCUCCUAGCAACCCCGGCCCAGUGGGCCCCCGCUUCCAAUGCAGCGCUGACACAUGACACCCGCCAGCUAACUUUGGAGUUCCACCUCACAAGCGGCGUCUUUUUAGGGCAGACAUGGCCGCCAGCGGCUACGCCGACCUGCGGGAAAAGCUGAGGUCGAUGCCGCCGCACAAAGACGAGCACGAGACGAGUAACGGGAGCGGGCGGAAGCGCCGGCACCGCGAGUCCGACGACGACGAGUGCGAGCGCAGCGACGACAGCGCCGACCUCCGGGAGCUGGAAGCCCAGCGGGUGAAGAGCAGCAUCCUGCAGAAGAACAUCUUCACGCCGGAGGAGUGCAGCCUCAUCGAGGAGAAGAUCGACCAGGUGGUGGCCAAUGGGGAGGCCGGACAGUACCGGGAUCACACCGUGGACCGGGCGCCGCUGCGCAACAAGUACUUCUUCGGCGAGGGCUACACGUACGGCGCCCAGCUGGAGAAGCGCGGGCCGGGCCAGGAGCGGCUGUACCGCAAAGGCGAGGUGGACGACAUCCCCGGCUGGGUGCACGAGCUGGUCAUCCGGCGGCUGGUGGCCAGCGGCGUCGUCCCGGAGGGCUUCGUCAACAGCGCGGUCAUCAACGACUACCAGCCCGGGGGCUGCAUCGUGUCGCACGUCGACCCCCUGCACAUCUUCGCGCGGCCCAUCGUGUCCGUGUCCUUCUUCAGCGACAGCGCGCUCUGCUUCGGAUGCCGCUUCCAGUUCAAGCCCAUCAGGGUGUCCGAGCCGGUCUUUGUGCUUCCGGUGCGGAGAGGCAGUGUCACGGUCCUCAGUGGCUAUGCUGCUGAUGACAUCACCCACUGUAUCAGACCCCAGGACAUCAAGGAGAGGCGUGCGGUCAUCAUCCUUAGGAAGACCAGACCCGACGCCCCCAGACUUGACUCUGACAGCCCUUUGAGCUCCCCUCCCACAGAGCGAGCCGCCCCCCUCAAAGCCAAGCGCUCUCAUCGCAAAGCGGACCCCGACGCCGCUCACAGGCCCAGAGUCCUGGAGAUGGACAAGGAGGAGAACCGGCGUCCGCCGUCUGCGGGCCAGCGACGUCACGGCGUCACCUCGGACGAGCACAGGAAGCGAGAGCACGACGACAACAAACCCAGAGAGAGCUCGGCGCGCAAAGUGAAAAUGAGACGGCAGUGAUGAUGCAGCCACGCGUUUCUUUUUCUUCUUUUUUUUAGGUGUUCUGAUCUUUUUCUCGCUUCAGUUGUAGCCCCGCACAAAGAGCACAGUCCUCAUCUCCGUCAUCGCUUCUAUUGCUCAUCCACCUUUUAAAUGAAACCUUUGUUGAGGCGCACAGUCGGCAUGUUUUUGUUCUGAAGAUGUACAUACCUUCCAAGCUAAAGUACUUGUAUAUAAGGAACGCUGAGCUGUAGUCUACCUUGUACAAAACUUCUUUUCCACACCUUCACAAACCUCUACCUUGUUUUUUUUCUUUCUUUCUUUCUUUCUCAGCAAAGAACAUUUGAGAUGAUGGAAAACAUGGGCCUGGUUUCUUUAAGAGCGUGAGCGGCCAUGUUGUUACUUUUCUGCAUUAAACCAGAAUGUUCCUCAUCACA